UUUUUUAUUGACUCUAUCUCCAUCUUAAUGUUGGGUUUUCUUUUUCAGUGUAAUGAUCUCACUGUUCUCAAAAGUUUCCAAUUUUGUGCUCAUUAUGUUCGUUUCCGAUUGUCCUUUUCUGAGUUUUCUCAGACAACUUUGGUACUCUUGAUCUUGAAAAUCCACAAUUCUGAGGUUUUGUGUUCCAAGCUGUAAUAAGAUCUUUUUGGAAAGACAGUUGAUUUCCUUUUCUGUGUUCACUAAUCGUGUCUUUUAACGUCUUGAAAAUUGUUUUGGAAACACCUCUGAAUGGCAUCAGCAAAUGAGCUGUCGUUCCAAACGAAACAAGGUCUUCUUUGGUUCUUACAGCUUUGUGCUCAGAAGGAGCUAUAUUGCUCAUUUAGCUGAAGAAGUUUUGCAUUCAAUGUACCUUAUUCUCGGGUUCUUUUUCAUGGGUCUAAUUUUAGUCAAAUGGUUGCGGAGAUUUCGUGCUGGGUUUAUAUUUUUGUGUUCCAGAUCCGAAGGUUCGUUCUGUUGUCUGAAAAGCAUUUUGAAGCGCUUUUGUAGCAGCUUCGGUUCAUCCAAUUUCGUGAAAUGUGGAAUCUGUACUCUGUGCAAGAUAAUAGAGUUAAAGUUAGGGGAUUGAUUUGAAUGAUCCGUCAUCUGUGCAGCUGAUAGAGAUCUUAUAAUUGGUUAUAGGGUUGCCCCUAUUUCUGAUGAUCGUCUGGUUCACCAAGUUUUAGCAGGAAGCUUUCCUGUUGUUUUUACCCCCUUCUCUGCUCUUAAACUGAUAUCUGUUUCCUUGAUGCAUUGGUUGCAGAGACUUGCAGUCCUAUCUUUCUGAUCUUAGUAUUUUCCUAGCCAAUAAAAGUAAGAAACUUUACAUUUUGGUGGACAAUCGGCCAUGGCUGAAUCCUGGUCCCCGAACUGCUCGCUUGUGGCAAUUAAUGGUUACCAAGGUUGUAAAAGAUGCCUCGGUCCAGACAGUCCCCUUUCGCAAACACAAAACGUCGGAAGGAGAAAACAACUCAGAAGCAGAAGCAGAAAGAGAUUUCUUCCAGCUCUAACGAUAUCAAAUUGAAGAAGCUUCAGAAAUGGUUCUCAUUGAUCGAUGCAACAGCAUUCGCAAAGAAGGAAGUCCCUGCAAAGAAGCUGCAAAGCGCUUUGUUUCUUAAGAAUGAGUUGCAUAAGACAUUGUAUGGUUUUAUUGUGUUCGAAGUUGAAUGGGCCAACGUGAGGGGUAUUCAUUACUUGAAUGAGCUGCAGACGGAUACAUCUCUUGCUAUAGAAGCUAAGAUCAUGCGAAGGUGGGAGUUUGAAAGCAUAAACCAAGCCGUGGCAAGUAUGUCGGUUUGGUUCUCUGGUACAGAAAUUGAAAAGUCUUGCUUGAAGAAAUAUCUUGAUACAGCUAUAGGAGAGGUCUUUUAUGAUGCUGAAGUGGAUUUCUCGAGAGCGACCUGUGUUGAUGAUGAUGAUGAUGAAAACCUUUGCAGCGACAGUCUCUCUGUUGACAAAGGUUCUCCUCACUGCACCAGAAAUUUAUUUGAUGUUUACCCUUCUACCAGUGCGGAUUAUGAUGAGAGCGAGCCUCACACACCGCCUCUAACUGGACCUUACAAGAGAAGAAGAGUAACUAAGGCAGUCAGCACAGGGGGUGAAGUUGAUGUUUAUAUGGAGGAAACACCUAAAAGAGACGAGAACAUGUCGGAUCACUGGGAGAACCAUGUAACUGAUGGGGGCAACAACUUAGGUGUAGCUACCCAUUAUAAGGAUGUCCUGGUCCUUGUCAGAUUCAAUGACGGUGACCUCCCUUUCAAAUUGCGAGAGAUUAUAAUGGCUGACAUCCGCUUGCUCACUUUACUCGAAGCUGGACUUCCGUCUUGGGUCUUGUUUCUGCAGUCAUAUCCUGGCUUCUGCCAUCUCUAUCGACCCUGGAUGUGCCCUCUCGCCAGAGCUUUAUACGUGCUGAUCUCACUCAUCACUGUUGUGAUAGGAUUUUAUGAUCUGUACAAGAAUGUCCCUGUUCUGAAGGCAACUGCAUCUCGGCUAUGCGGGCCCCUAUUCAACUGGAUCGAGACAUGGGACAUGGUUUCACGGAUCAAGUACUUGGGAACAAUGCUGUUUCUUCACAACUUUCAGAAGGCUGUCAAGUGGGUUUUGACAACCGGACAUGCUAUUCGUUCGUUCUUCUCUUUUCUUGUUAUGCCCAUGGCAAAGCCACUCAUUGAUUCUCUGGAACUGCUCCUUCCUGUCUGGAAUUUAAUGGCUGAAACAGUGGAUAGCUUCGUUUCAGUGGUCUGGGUAAUCUUCGGUUCUUCUUGCAGCCUUGUCGGUGACAUGGUAGACCUGGUGCUUUUGCCCAUAUGGUUUACCGUCUCACUUAUCUGGAACAUCGCAACUUCUGUCUUGUUGAAUGUAUUCUGGAUCAUAUGGGAAGUGGUAUAUACACCGAUCAGAGUGGUUCUCGCUCUGACCAACUUCUUGGCUCUCGUUUUCUCGAGCGUAUUUGAUGUGCUCGGGGACUUGUGGUCGUACAUUAGCAGCAUUCUCCAGCUUGCAUCAGACUCUCAUUCGACUGUAAAGACAUACGAAGUCUCCAUGUGGCGGUCUCUUUGGAAUGACCUCUUCUCUCAUAUUUUCCGAGCUGUUAGGAGUAUAUUAAACGGGUUUGUGGCUUUCUUCGCAGCCUGCAAUAGGCAUCGGCUUAGCAUAUAUAACCACUCACAGGACUUCAUCCAGAAAGUACUUGGACGCGCCCCGAGAUUGCAAUGCAUAGACUCGAGACUCCACAGGGCUAUACCGAGCCAUCAACGCACGGCGGAAACGAGGCGGAAAUUGCACGUCGAGUAGAUCGCGAGGGAGAUUUCUGCCCAUCUUGAUCUUUUCAUUCGAUUCUUUUAUUCAUCAACCCUUUGUAGAUCGUAUAGGCUCUGUAUCUGUGUCUGUAUAUCUCUUCUUCAACCACUAUAGAUUUAUCUUCUCGUUCUUGUAAACUCUUCCCAUUUUGUAAAUAACGAAUCAAGAAUGUAACUUUUCGCACACGUGAAA